AUGUUGCAACAUCGUCCUUGCAUUCAUAGGAAUCUAUUCAGUCGUGUCAUUGACGAUAUUGGCAUUCCAAUGCUCCCUACCAGAGCCGUGGCUCGUCGCCGCCUCAAGGUGUCUGAACCGAUAACCAGCAUAGUCAUCGAUUUUGCCACACUCAUUCUGCCGAUCAUAAUGGUGUGCAAGUUGAAGACGUCUCGGGAUAAGAAGAUUUUUGUCUGUAUCCUGUUUGGUGCUCGAAUCAGCGUGCCCGCGAUUACGAUACCUCAGCUCUGGAAGAUUCAACCGCUCUCGAUCUCCGAUGACACCACCUGGGACAUGGUGGACUUCCAGACUUGGAAUCAAGUCAUCAUGAACGUUAGUCUUAUCACAGCAUGUCUACCUUCCCUCGGUCGCAUGAUGUGGGAGCUAUGGGCAUUCGGGUCUGGCUUGCGGACGACCUGGUGCUCCAGAGAUGCGGAAGGUCGAGAUUUUGGACAUGAGCUAGGACUAGAGAAGGGGAAAGUCCAGGCCAAGGAGAAGGCUGAAUCAGACGAUAUGGUGCGGGUGCAGGUGCGCAGGGUCAGGAGCUUCGAUUCCGGCACCACAAUUGCUGAUCGACAAAAAAUCCUACCUAUCUUACCAAGACGAACAACCUCUCGAUUUCGUCCAGUCCGAAAGCAGGACCACCAUUACAGACGUCCGAGGUCGUUCUCACCAGUUCGUUCUGAGGCAAAUUACCUCCCGACCAUGCAGUUCGCAGCCUUGAACAUGCCGUCACCCACUACUAUAACUCAGCGUUGCCAGAAUGAGGAGGAAAAAAACAGACAAUCGAGAUUUCCAUUUCCACCUCAAGCCGUCCUGGCAGCUCGAACAUCGGCUGCUGAGCGUCCCAGGCUUGUCAACCAUCCACCACCAGCCGCGACUUCACAUCCUCCACUCAGCCAGUCACCCACCUUACCCCAGAUCUCAGAUUCGUACUACGACGAAGACGCUUCCUCCAUAGACAUCGCCAGCUACUACCUGAUGAACAACACCGGCCCUUACGACCCCAAUCGAACGGAGAUAGUGCUGCAAACCAUGAUUGACGAACUCAAGAGCCAAAACAACUCUGUCUACUCUUGUGCACAUCGAAUUGAGAGCUCAGUGUACUCUGCGCCAAGAGUAGAAAGCUCAGUGUAUUCUGUCCGCACUAGGAACGACGGCGGAUGGAUUUAA